AUGGUCAUAUCUUUGCCUGUAGUCUUUGGCUCUCUCACGCUCCUUGCCGUCAGCUGGCUGCUCAACCACAUCCGUUCAUGUCUUUCACUCCCAGACGCGUACGGGCCCGCACUCGCCAGAUGGUCUGACGCAUGGUACAUCUGGAAGAUAUGGCAGGGCAAGUAUGAGGCAUACGACAUUGAGGCACACAGGAAUGGCUCCAGGAAAAUCGUUCGCAUCGGGCCUCGCAUGUACAGCAUUGAUGAUCCGGUAAUGGCCCGUGUGAUCUAUGGCAUCUCAUCUCCCCUACCAAAAAGUAAAUGGUAUGAUGCCUGGGGAGAUCCUCGCAUCCCGAACCACAAUCUGUUCAGCGCGCGCGAUCGCGCCGUGCAUGGCCUCAUGCGCCGCAAAGUCGCCAGUAUGUACUCUAUGUCGACAAUCAAGUCCUACGAGCCCUAUGUGGACAGCUGUGUUGCGCUUCUUCUGAAGCGUUUCGACGAGUUCGCCGCAAGCGGGGAGAUGUUCGACCUGCAGCACUGGAUGCAGUGCUAUGCAUUCGACGUGAUCGGCGAGAUCACGUUCGGCAGACGCGUAGGUUUCUUGGAAUCUGGCGGACAAGAUAUCGACGGCAUCAUCAGAGCUCUAGAAGACGCCAAUGCUUUCGCAACACUUUCGGGUGUCAGCGCCAUCUUGCUACCAGUACUUUUUGUCCUCUAUGGUAAUCCUGUCCGUGGUAUCGCAAGUUUUGCGGGAAAACUCGAGAGCGAUGAAAUUGACACCAAGGAAAAGGAUGGUGGAGAGACCUUCCUGGCGAAAGUUCAACGACUGCGGAAGGAAGAUCCGGAGGAAUUCGAAAGACUACGCACUCGGACGAUUACUCUGACAGGAAACGUCGCAGCUGGAAGUGACACCACAAGCAUAUCUCUAACCAGCGCGCUAUACCACCUCCUUACCACAAAUGGCCUCGUAGAGCGAGUGUACAAAGAGCUCGAUUCUCAAGGCUUUUGCUCAAGUCUCGACGAGCACAUCACAUUUGACCAGGCUCAGCAACUUCCGUACCUCCAGAUGGUAAUUAAAGAAGCCCUGCGAGUCCACCCAGCUGUCGGCUUGCCCAUGUGGCGCGAAGUCGUAGGGUCCGGUCUGGACGUCGAUGGAACUCAUUUUCCACCAGGGGUACUCAUAGGUAUAAAUCCGUGGGUAGCGCACCGGAACGCAGAUGUCUUUGGCACAAACGCCGCGGACUUCGUACCCGAACGGUGGGGUCCCGAAGACACCUCCUCGGAGACGUUAGCGGCCAUGGAGCAGUACUAUCUGCCUUUUGGAGCGGGCUCGAGGACUUGCAUAGGGAAGCAUAUAUCAAACCUUGAGAUGGUGAAAUUGAUCCCAGAGCUAGUCAGGCGGUAUGAGUUUGAGUGUGUUUGCGGAGAAUUGAAGACUGUUAAUAGGUGGUUUGUCAAACCCGAGAAGGUGCUCUUCCGCGUCAGGCGGAGAGAACUCGGGGCGUAG